AACAAUACAUAACACUGCAAAAGCCGGCUCUUUGUUCAUGGAAGUCAUGGCUGAAAAUAUUGUAGCAGAGGGAACUUAUGAUCUCUUCUAUCCAAUCUUUCUCUUAGCCAUCAUCUUCCUCAUCCUAAAGCAUUUCAAAUCUUAUUUUCUAUCAAAAAGUAGUCCACCACUUCCUCCAGGACCGACUCCUUGGCCAAUCGUGGGCAAUAUUCUUCAAAUGGGAGAAAAACAGCCUCAUAUCACUUUAGCAAACUUUGCUCAAUCCUACGGCCCGCUAAUGUCACUGAGACUAGGAACUCAAAUCAUGAUCAUUGGAUCAUCACCAGCUGCUGCAGUAGAAAUUCUCAAGACCCAUGAUCGUAUCUUAUCUGCGCGUUAUGUUCCUCACACAGUACCAGUUAAGAGCUCAGAAUUAUCAAUGGGGUGGGCUCUAGAGUGCAAUAAUGGAUGGAAGAACUUGCGUACUAUAUGCCGAACUGAACUCUUCUCUGGUAAGGCAAUAGAGUCUCAGGCAUGUUUGAGAGAGAAAAAGGUAAGGGACAUGGUGAGCUUCUUGAGAGUGAAGGAGGGCAAGGCAGUGAAAGUUGGAGAAGUGGUUUUUGCCACUGUGUUUAAUAUGUUGAGUAAUGUUGUCAUGUCAAAAGAUUUUAUUAGCUUAGAGGAAGAAAAUGUGGAUGGAAGCAUGAAGGGUCUUGUAAGAGAACUCACCAAGGUGGGUUCUACUCCAAAUAUAUCUGAUUUUUAUCCAAUUUUAGGUGCAUUAGACCUUCAGGGUUUAAAUAAGAAGGCAAAGGAGUUGUUUCGGAAGAUUUGUGCUGUGUGGGAGCCCACUAUAGAAGAAAGAAGAUGUGAUGCUUCGAGCCAAAAUGAUUUCUUGGACACCCUCAUCGACACUGCUUUUACCGAUGAUCAAAUCAACCAUCUUCUCUGGGAGUUAUUCUCUGCUGGUACAGACACUACCACUUCAACAAUUGAGUGGGCAAUGGCAGAAUUGAUAAAAAAUCCAGAAUCCAUGGAGAGAGUUUGUGAAGAAUUGACAAGAGAAAUCAACCAACAUUCGCUGAAAGAAUCCCAUCUACCUCAGCUACCUUACCUUCAAGCUUGUGUAAAAGAAUCUAUGAGAUUGCAUCCUCCAGGACCAUUGCUGCUUCCUCGCCGUGCACCUGACUCGUGCAAAGUGAUGAAUUACACCAUCCCUAAAAAUUCUCAAGUGGUAGUAAAUGUUUGGGCAAUUGGGCGAGACCCCAUGGUUUGGGAAGAGCCACUGAAAUUUAAACCAGAGCGAUUCCUCAACGGGACUUUGGAUUUCAAAGGGAACGAUUUUGAAUUCUUACCCUUUAGUGCAGGUAGAAGAAUCUGCCCUGGUCUUCCCAUGGCAGCAAAGCAAGUUCCUUUGAUACUUGCUUCAUUGCUCCGUUCUUUCGAUUGGUCUCUUCCACAUGGAAAUGAUCCCAAUGAGCUAGACAUGAAUGAGAAGUUCUCUAUAACAUUGCAGAAGGAACAACCCCUGGUCCUCAUUCCUACAGUUAAAUAAUGACAAUGGAGUGCUGCAAUCUCCUCAGGUUCUAUACUAGUAUGAUCACUUAAAUAAUAUCCCUUAUCUGGUUUUCAUCACAAAUAUGUUCCUGUUCUAGUGAUUGUUUGGGAACGAAAGUUCAAUUUCUAGUUUCAAUAUAAAGUGGCACUUUUCUUCAUCAAAAGAGCCCACAGUAGAUUUUUGUGUUGAGUUAAAGUGGCAGAAUUUUAAAAGCCUCAAUUGAGGUUCUUUUAGUUACAUUUCCAUCCUCAAGUCUCAAAUCAUUAGAACAUGGCGUGUACACAAAAGAUUGAUGCAGCUAGUUGUUUCCUUUGGUUUC